AUGGGAUGUACUCUUUCGAAAAAGCAACGCCUUCAGCGGGAACCGGAAACGAAUAAAGCGAAUGCACCGGGGGAAACGUUGAAUGUGAAAACAGUGAUCGAAAUGAAAAGGACCGAGAGCUUCAAGCAAGAAUCUCAUCAUUCACAUCAUCGAGAAGAAGAGGAAAAAAAAGAGCAGAAGAAGACGGAUCCACGUCCAGCCACUCAACGACCACAACAAGUCUACGUUCCACCACGGCUGCCUUCAAUGGAUCGAACGCAAAGCAUUAGCAAGCCACGCAAAGAUGUCAAGAUUGCCGCACAUCCUCGAAUUGCACCAAAGUCAACGGUUUCAAAGAGGAGCACCAGUUUCAAUCGUUCAGAAAAGAAGCACAGGGAACGGGAAAAGGUCGACAUCUCGAGAAGCAUGCCUAAACUGGAGAAAGUUAUUGUACAAGACGACUCAAAGAAGCACGUUAUGUCAGUGAGCCUGGUCUCGAAGCACCAAGAGCAAAAGCCCAUCCAAGCAAUUCAGCACGUUGUUAACAAGCCCGCCCCGGUUCACUCUACCUUGAAAACAGUUGACGAGAGAGCAUCACCGCCACCAAAAGCUCGUGAAAGGGAUCGUCCUUUGCAAGUGCCACAACCAAGUGCAUUCGUUAAACAUUCACCUCGCACCAAUAAGGAGGAAUUACAAGCCGACGGAUCACCACAGCGAGAGCUUCAACGCACUCCUCGUCCUCAAUCGACUCCACCACGAGAGAAAGAGCACAGAGAAGACAUGCGUCGUAACCGCAGCCAAGCCAAUAUGCACCAUGCGGCCCAAAUGCCAAUAGUUCUUCCAGGAUUUAAACCAGUUGAUGAUGAUCUGAUUCCCCGCGAGUCACCCGAUGAGGCGGCCGACCGAUUCCGUCUUGAGCAAAACAUUAAGGAACGAGUGGAUGCAAGGCAUCGCGCUCGCAACGCGCCAUUUGAUCCCGAGGAAGACACGCUUUUUGAGAUACCAAUGCGAAUGCCGGUGAUCGAUUUGGUGAGGAUU